AUGCGUUCCUCUGCAGCUUCAGAGGUCGCGGACCAUGCUUGUGCAGGCGUCGAUCCCCCAUCUGCACAAGGUUCGUGCGCGACCCAAAGUACAGCAUACGGGUUGCAAGGCGCCUUGGGGUAUUAUGCUUUCACAAGCAAGAGCAAGGCGAGGCAUUUGGCCCAUACGCGGCUGCCAGCGGUAAGAUAA